AUGUUCCCUAAUAUUACAUUACGUGUACACAACGGGGUUUCACAACUGUACCGCAAAGGUUUAAAACUUAAUACUCCACGUGAGGAAAAUCUGCGAGUGCGGACCAGGGCAUCAGGUUACUAUUUCCAGAUGAAAAUUGAGGGUAAGGGGGGGAAAUUUAUGAUCCUGAGACUCCACGGUCAGAGAUUAAGGAGGACUCUUCUCUUUGCCACAGCGGUUUUCUUCUUGGCCGAAUCUUCCCAUGCUUUGCAUGACGAAGGGCCUGCGAAGGGCAAGUUUUUCCUGAAGAGUUACAGCACGACCACCUUCACUAUGCUCAGCACCUUCACAACCGUCGUUCCUUUCCAGUGCUUCUUCACCUCCGCCGACAUCCAGGCCUGCCAGGGGCGCAAGCUGCGUCGCUUGCGCAAACUUUCCAUCGACGUCGAUGAGGUGGUCGACUCCAGCCUGACCUCCAGCGAAGGCGAGGUCAAAGGCUACGUGGAUCAGGAGGCAGAUGCUAAUCCGAGCGAGAGGCUUUUCUUCACGCUGUGGAGGACGAGCACCUCCACGGCCACCGUCACUACCACCUCCACCAACUCUUCUAUCACCAUUUCGGCCUCCGCCUACUGCACCUACUCCGGGUUCACUGGGCCGCUCUGCUAACACCUCACGCGACCCUACAGGACAACGUGACUUGACCUGAAAGGCCCUUUUGGUGACACUAAUUAGAGAAGAUAAGGCUGACGAAAAAUAUGUUUUAAGAAAUGAUCAGAAGCGAAGAUACGAUGUUGGGUUGCCGAAAGCGCCGUCUACGUUCCGCAAAGAGGUUAUCAGUCAGAAUUAUCUUCCCUGAGCCGGGGUUGCUGAUAUCGGAAAGCUCGCAUUAUGUUGUAUGGUCGUACAAAGACUAUAUAUGGAAAUAAUUCUCCUUAACCCGCAAAUUCCUAUGUAUAUAAAAAGGUGAAAUAGUGUGUGUAUAUGUAUUAUAUUUGACCCCUACAUUAAAAUAAUUUGCUUGUAU